UAAGACGCGGGUGUCCCUCUCCACCCGGAGCCUGCUGUUGUUUUGUUUUGUUCCUCGGGAGCCGUCCGCGAUUGCAAACGACAUACGCCUUCGCCGUUCUGACCUGUACGCCCUUGACCGGAACCCCCGUCCUAAUACAGACCCCGUCGAGAACACCAAAAAUGCGUGCCGGCGCGAUAGCAAUCCGCGCCCUUCUAGGCGGCAGCCUACAUGUGGCCACGGAGCACCGGGUCACCCAGCUCGGGACCUCGCCCAACCCUGGUGCUGGCUUACUCGCCCGCCAGGGCACCUGUGAUCCCGGCUGGGUUCUUUGCGUCGACGGCUGCAUGCCCGCUGGCAGCGUGUGCUGCACUUCACGAGGCACCUACUGCGACGCUGGUUAUUACUGCAUGACUACCAGUGGUUGUUGUCGGGAGGGCAGAACCUGCUCGGGCGUUGCAACCUGUGAUCCUGGCGAGGUGUUCUGCAACAACGGCUGCAUUCCCCAGGACGGAGUCUGCUGCCCAUCGGGCGGGUACUGCGACCCUGGCGAGGUGUGCACGAGCGACGGCUUCUGCCGCCAGGGAAGCGGCGGCAGCUCAGGGGGCAGCACAACGAGAGCUACAUCGACAGUACGCACCACUGCUACUACUACUAGAUCAACCAGCAGCCGGGCCACUUCGACUUCUCGGUCUGCAACCUCGACGAGCCGCCGGACAACAACGUCGGACGGGGACGACGACAAUGUCCUGCCUACCACCAUCCCCAACGAAUUCCCGGACGCUACUGAGUCUGCGAGUGGCUUUAAUGCCCGGACGACAAGCACCUCGCCCAUCCCGAAUGGUGGCGGCGGCAGCAGCCCGUCCAUCACUCUGCCGGGAUUGCCCGGUCAGAAUGGGAACGCCGGAACCGCCCUGACUGCGGAGCGGGCUCUGGUAGGAGUCGUGGCUGCCGCGGCAGGGUUGUUCGGGUUGGUAUGAGGAUGACAACUUGCAGGAGAGAUACCCCUUUAGCACCUUGGUUUACAUGUAAUGUUUGGAAUGGAUUCAUGGAUGGAGACGAUAUGCAGUGAUACCUCGACCUUUUAUUCAUACAGAUUUAUACCUUGAAGCGGACAGUAUAAGGUUGGCUAGGCGUAAGGUUAUAUAUAAGUGCCACACCCAGUUCGUUCAUGCUUCUCAUCGUCUGUUGAAGGGCUCAUACAGUUACUACCACUAGUGCUUCGUAUGAUUUCACGAAUAGUACUACCUAGAUUGUUAUUAAUCUAAGCUUAGUCGGAGCCUCGCUGUCCCU